AUGUUCUUUUUCUUUCUUUUUCCUCUCAUUCUUUCUUUUUUUUUCUUUUUUCUUUUGUAUUUCUUUUGCUUUCAUUUUCUUCCUCACUUUUUUCAUUAUCAUCUUCUUUAUCCUUUUUCUUUCCUUUCUUUCUUUUUUAUUUGUUACUUUUGUUUUUUCUUUUCAUUUUCUUUCUUUUUUUUUUUUUCUUCUUUUCUUUUCAGGUUUUCCUAUCUUUCCCACUUUACGUUCUUUCCUGAUCAUAUUUUCUUGAUAUUAAUCGUCUCUUUAGUUUAUUUCAUUCGCAAUUUCCUUUUCUUGUUUUCUUCUUCAUUCUCUUUUUCCAUCUCGUCCACUUUUUCAAUUCUGUCACAUCUUCAUCUUCCUCCAUUUUUAUUUUUAUUCAUCUUUUAUUCCGCUCCAAGAUUUUUUUUUUCUUUUUGCCUUUCAUUUUCUCAUUUGGAAAUUUCAUUUUUUCCUGAUAUAGUUAUCCACUAUUUCUUUUUACCUCUGAAUAAUUCUUUCUUUUCUCCCCGCUUCUCAUUAAAUCCUUCAACAACAAAGACUGUCUCAGCAGACAGACAGACACCGUUUUUUUAUUCUCCAAUUUCACUGUCAACCACAAUUAAAUCACCGAAAUUAGUCGUAAUUGUAUCUAACUUUUAA